CCUGUCUAACUUCUGUCUUUAAGACCAUUUUCACCAUUCUCCCUCAAACUGUGAGGAGCCUGUAGAGCUGCCGUCAGUUCAGUCAUGAUGUCAGAUUCUAGGGUGUCGUCUGUCAUCCAGGAGUGGGCCAGCUCGUACCCGGGUCAGGUCCUGAAUCCCAGCACCUCAAACCAAGCCGAUUCCACCAAUCAGCUGUCUCAGAUGGACCUGAUCCAGUACAGCCAGUCUCAGGGUCUGGUCCGAGGAGGCGGUGACGACAGAGUGGCCGAGCAGAUCAUGGGACUGUCUUACCUUCCGUACUCGACUUCCUGUAUCAGCAACACGUCCAGCUCCGGGAGCACAAACCACCACCAGGGCCACAGCAGCACUGCACAGGACUUCUCCUCCUUCCUCCUGCCGACUCUGCGGGCUCCCAUGAACAAGAGGAGCAUCAGCAAGGACAGCGCAGAGUACCGCCAGAGACGCGAGAGGAACAACGUGGCUGUAAGGAAGAGCCGGGACAAAGCCCGCAGGAGGAUCCUGCUGACCCAGCAGAGGGCCCUGCAGCUGCAGGAGGAGAACCAGAAGCUGCAGAUGAGGAUAGGCCAGCUGACACAGGAGCUGGACACUCUUAAACACAUCCUGUCACAGCGGCACCUGCAUGGAGCUGAGGACGGAGCAGCAGGAGAGGGUAGUAUAUAGAACCCCCCUCACUGCUCCCCUGUUUAUAUGACCUGUUUUAUUUUUAUGUUACAGCUGACUGUUGGCAUUACAUCUCUCUUUAGGGUCCAACAGGCCUUCAAGACUCUGAGUGCAAGCUAAUGUCUGCAGCUUCUCAUCUCAUAUGUUUAAUUCACAUGUCUCUGUACACAGACACAAUGUGCUUCUCUCCUCCAUCUUUAAAUGUUUGUUACAGUUUGUGUUGAUGAUUGCUUUAAAAUAAGAAAAAUCAUGGUUAGAAAUUAAAUGUACAGACGGCAAUCAGUGGUGGAUGCAUGGUUAUAAUGCUUUUUAGUAAUGAAAUCAUCUCAAACGUGAUGAUUUUCUGAUGUUGGUCUGAACUGAGUCGAGAGGGAUUCAUGAUGUCAGUUUGUAUGAAGUUGUGGGUUCAGCCCUGCACAUUGAGGCUCUCUCUAAAUGAGCUUUACAGCAGAGGGGUUUGAAAAUGGAAGUAUGAAGUCUACACUUGAAGAAUAAAAACAGAUGAUGUCUGCUCAAAGUGAA